UCAAAAUUCGGUCAAAAUUCAGAUACCUCUCUCUCCAUAAAUUUGCAAAAUUUCCCACUUUCCCUUUUCCACCAGGCCACCACACCUGACCUCACAAAAACAGCCGCUUUGACGCAAACCCAAACUCCAAACAAUUCAACCCAAAAAUCCCAUUCAUUCCACCGAGGAUCACCGCCACAACCACCCGUCACCGUCGCCACCACAAACGCCAGAUUCCCAAGUGGUGGGUUUCCUUAAUUUUUUGUAACUAAUAUGUCGUCACUCCUUGAUACUACACCACCUUCCACACCAGGCAAGCUUAAACCGGACAAAUCCGCGACUUACCUUCACCCUCAUCACCGUUCUCUCCGAUUGCACUCCUCUCUCUCCAAACUCACUUUCUAUUCGUUUCUUUUCCUUAUUCUCUUUCUCUUCUUCUUCCUCCUCUCUCCUCCCUCUCCUUCUCCUCCCCGCCAAGUCGAAACCGAUCCACUUGGGGGCCCUCUCUGGGAGAAAAAGGUCGUCAAAUCCGCGCGUCCCAAGGUACGCGCUGGCCUAACCGUUUUGGUCACUGGUGCUGCUGGCUUUGUGGGAACCCAUGUCUCGGUCGCGCUGAAGCGUCGGGGCGACGGCGUUCUUGGCCUCGACAAUUUCAAUCACUACUACGAUACCAGCCUGAAAAGAGCCCGACAAAAGGUAUUAGAACGAUCUGGGGUUUUUAUAGUGGAAGGGGAUAUCAAUGACAUGGUAUUAUUAAAGAAGCUUUUUGAUGUGGUGCUUUUUACCCAUGUAAUGCAACUAGCUGCUCAAGCUGGGGUGCGUUACGCAAUGCAAAAUCCCAAGUCUUAUGUUCAUAGCAACAUUGGUGGAUUUGUCAAUUUGCUUGAGGUUUGUAAAUCAGCGAACCCGCAACCUGUGGUUGUGUGGGCGUCUUCGAGUUCUGUCUAUGGGCUUAAUACGAAAGUACCCUUUUCAGAGAAGGAUAGGACUGAUCAGCCUGCUAGUUUAUACGCAGCAACUAAGAAGGCAGGAGAGGAAAUUGCUCACACUUACAAUCAUAUUUAUGGUCUCUCCAUUACUGGGUUGCGGUUUUUCACGGUUUAUGGGCCAUGGGGAAGGCCCGACAUGGCGUAUUUCUUUUUUACUAAGGAUAUUUUGAAGGGGAAGGAGAUUGGUGUCUUUGAGACAGCUGAUGGAAGGAGUGUGGCGAGGGAUUUCACCUACAUUGACGACAUUGUGAAGGGGUGUUUGGUGGCAUUGGAUACUGCAAAGAAGAGUACUGGGAGUGGAGGGAAGAAGAGGGGGCCAGCGCAAUUGAGGGUCUUUAAUUUGGGGAAUACAUCGCCAGUACCUGUGAGUCGUCUCGUUGGCAUAUUGGAGAGACUAUUGAAGAAGAAGGCUAAGAAGAAGGUGCUGCCAUUGCCUAGAAAUGGUGAUGUGGAGUUUACACACGCCAAUAUUAGUUUUGCGCAGAGAGAGCUUGGUUAUAAGCCUACAACUGAUUUGGAAACUGGGCUUAAGAAGUUUGUGAGAUGGUACCUCAGUUAUUAUUCAGGGUCAAAGAAGAAGAGUUCCUGGUGAAUGUUAAACGUUCUUUAAGUUUGCAAUAUCUAUUUUGGCGCAAACUUUGAAAUCUUUCUUCAUUUUGUGAUACAGGAGGAAUAUUUGUCUUGCAAUACGUUUGUUUGCUGAUUGAUAAGCAUAUUCUUUGCAGGGCAUACCUGAAUUGUAUCAACAGUGAUUAUUUAUUUUUACUUCUCCACAUGUAUUGCUUCAUUCUUUCAGGAUAUCCUUUAUAGUUAGACAACGUAUUUAGUUAAAAUUGUCUAGCAAUUUCAAUAAAUUAGUUUGAUUGUGCAUUAA